AUGGAAGAUCCCAUGAUCGUGUAUAUAUCUAAACGCGAUACUCCUGAAUAUCAAGAAAAUGCUAAAGAUAAUACAACGGACGAAUUUCAUAUUGAACGGGUUCUUCGAGAAGUUCCAUAUAUGUAGGUGUUAUCGCGCUCCAAAAAGGGAUACACUGAAUGGGGUGCAUUUUCGAAAAAAGGGGUACAAACAGUGAUUUCUUUAUGGGGUACAAAAGCCAGUCUGAAUGGGAUACACUGAAUGGGGUACAUAUUUUUCAAAAAGUCUGAGAUAACUGAAUGGGAUACGCUGCAUGGGGUACAAAAUAAAAUGAUGUUGAAUUAGCUGAAAGGGAUACGCUGAAUGGGGUACAAAAUGAAAAUAUGCUGAACUAUCUGAAAGGGAUACGCUGAAUGGGGUAAAAUAUCAAAAUUUGUUCUAUUAUCUUAAAGGGGUACAUCUUAAUGGGGUACAUUUUGAAAUCAAAACUAAUUGUCUUAAUGGGAUACAAAAUUCAGAAGGGUUACGGGAUUUUAUAUCUUGAAGCUCAGUGCUUCGUACGAACUGUAAUGUCAUCUUUUCAUGAAAGACUUUUAAUUAAAAUUCGCAUCAACUUGGGAAAUUAGUUCUUCUCUCGUCUGCAAGAUCAGGCAUCAACUUGACAGUUCCAGUCGCAUGUUAUUAGCACGUUGGCAACUCGAGUUGCCAUAAAUUGUCUGCCUUUGAUCUGCGCCAGCGUGCGAAAAAUAUAAAUACAUAUUUUCCGGAAAGUUUGACGGAAACAGAAUCUAAGAACACAUUAAAGCAACACUAAACGUGAGCGAUCAAAACUUCCCAAAAUAUCGCUCUCCAAAAACACGCACUAUUUCUUGUUGGACGCGGUUUAUUUUAUGGACGAGGUGCGAAAAUUUUUGACAGGUGUGAAAAUUUAUAUGAUUUUUCUUCAUAAUUUUUGAAUUCUGUUGGAUUUUAACGGGGAAAUCCUUAUAUUGAAAGAAACAUUGAGAAUAUGAAAAUCUAUGGCCGCUGAAGAACUUUUUAACUUGAUCCAAAGAAGGUCUGAUUGAUAUUGGUCCUGUCAAAACCAUUUUUCUAAAGGUUUCGGAAUGAAAACGUUCCGAAGUUUAUUUUAGGAAUUUUAAAUUCCGAAAAAUUGCAUACAAAAACUAGGCGCCUCGGGAUUCCAGCAAGUCGGUCAGAUUUGGUGGAUUUUUCCAAUUCUUCCGGUCAGACUAUUCUUAUCGGAAAACUCACAAAAAAAAACUCAUAAUAAUGAACUGGCGCACACUACAUUAAUUAAAAAAUAGUAUUGAGAGUCUUUCAUGAAAAGAUGACAUUACAGUUCGGACGAAGCACUGAGCUUCAAGAUAUAAAAUCCCGUAACCCUUCUGAAUUUUGUAUCCCAUUAAGACAAUUAGUUUUGAUUUCAAAAUUUACCCCAUUAAGAUGUACCCCUUUAAGAUAAUAGAACAAAUUUUGAUAUUUUACCCCAUUCGGCGUAUCCCUUUCAGAUAGUUCAGCAUAUUUUCAUUUUGUACCCCAUUCAGCGUAUCCCUUUCAGCUAAUUCAACAUCAUUUUAUUUUGUACCCCAUUCAGCGUAUCCCAUUCAGUUUUCUCAGACUUUUGAAAAAUAUGUACCCCAUUCAGUGUAUCCCAUUCAGACUGGCUUUUGUACCCCAUAAAGAAAUCACUGUUUGUACCCCUUUUUUCGAAAAUGCACCCCAUUCAGUGUAUCCCUUUCAGUAUCUGCCCUCCACUGCACACAAACCCUUUUCUAUCGCGACGCGGUCUACGUUGCGUGUCGUACCAACAAAAAAUCGAGUUUUGCAGGUUGACCAAUCUAUUUAGCACUGCAUAUUCUGAUUCGUUUGACAAACUUGGAAAAUAUUUGACGACGCUUGAAUUGAAUUUGACAGUCUGUGGGGAAAAUAUCAGAAGCCGUUUGUUUUUCACAAGAUUUUUUUAUUUUGAUACUUUAUAGAAAAAUGUUUUUUUUGUAGGAAAAUUAGGAAACUUGGAUGGUUUUUGGAAUUACAUCGAGUUUGAGAAUUAUAAACAUUUGAAGCAAUCACAGGGAACAUUAAAAAAUUCAUUUAGCUUUAUGAAUUUUGAAAAGCCAAGCAACUCAAUAGUGUUUUAUUUGAAAAUUGAAUUGGUGCAUAUAAUGGGAUGGAGAGUGACAAAAACAGUGUUGGUCAAAUUCCGUAAAGUUCUCGUAGAAUAUAUCCCACGUCUAUUUUUGAAUGAACAUGUUCACAAAUAUUUGGUGACUGAUAUUCAUUUUAGUGGAGAUUGUUAUGAUAAAUCAACAUUUAAUGCGUCGAAUUUGUUGAGUGCUUGGGUAGAAAGAGAAAUAAUUGAUAGAGGACAAAAUGAUACUGCUGAACAGUUCAUGGAAAAUUUUACAGCUGUGUGAGUUGGGAUUCAUUCACAAAGUUAAAAACAUUUUUUUUCUGACGGUAUAACCGCUGAUCGUAAAAAUGUAUUUAUAAAAAAAAUAAUUAUUAUUUUUCAGAAUCUCCGAUCCUGAAACUUAUGAAAAAUACGAUGAUUUAUAUUUUUCUGAAAACUUCAAUCUUAUGCUUCAAGUCGCGGGUCACGAGAGGAAUCAUGGGAGAAGUGAGUUCUACUUCUGUUAAAGGCAGUUAGACAAUUAUUCCGGUUUUCCUCAAAGCUUAGUGUCAAAAAUAGUUUAUCAUGAAAAGAACCAGUGAAAAAAUUCCGAAAUCAUAAAAGUUAAUACGAGCUGAGAAAAUCUGGUGUUUGCAAAAUUUCAAAUCGCCCCCACGUCCAGCGGAUUUGUGUGUGUGCAAACACCGCGACGCUCUUUUGCACAGGAAGAUUUGAAGUUUCAUAUUUUCACAAUAUUUCAUCUCUAUCUUUUGUUUGGUUCAAGUUGAAGUCAGAGGCUUCGUGGGUGGUCUCCGUCAACCGGAAUAGCUUUCUGACCGCCUUUAACUUAAUCUAUUAUUAACAAAACAUUAUUCAGAAAAUGCUCUUGAAUACUUGAGAAUUUUUUUCAAUCGAUACAAUGCUGAAGCAAUUGAAUCAUUCCCACUUUUUGAAAAUGGUCAUAAUGCUGUUUUUCGAAUUUCGGUUGUUUUGUCAAAUAGAAAUAUCGAAAAUUUUACAAUUGACAGGAGUUUUCAUAUUAAAAUUAUUUAUGUAAGCACAUCAAAAGUUUCUCUUUCUAAUUUUUCAAAUACUGAUUUUUCAGCAGCAUGAUUCAAAAUGGAAAAUAGAACGAAUAAUUGUGAAUCGUCCAAUUCCUGAAUAUAAUGUAAAUUAUAUCCAAUACAUGAAUUAUUCAAAAAAUCAUUUUAUUGAAGAAACUGGGAAUUCGUAAGUUUUUCCUAUAAAUUUGAUAUGGUUGAUUAAUUUGUUUCAGCCACAUGAGGAAAGUUGAAUCGAUCCAAAACUUUACGAAAAUCGCGAAUUGUGAUAAUCAAGUUGUAUACGAUUUCACAAAUACUUCAAAUCCUGAUUAUUCUCAAUUUAUUGAAAGAUUUGCUGGAUUGGUUAAUAAUUAUAAUUUUGUAAGUUAUCCUAUUUUUUUUAAUAUACAUAUUAUUUCAAUGAUUUUUCAGACAGGGAGAAUUGAAUCGAAUUUGGAAUUCCGCGGAGAAAAUCAAGAUUUCGCUUUCAAACUUCAAUAUUACAUUUCAAAUGGAAAAGUGAAUAAAUCAAUUGAGGUUUUUCAUGAAGUUAUAUUCGUAAGUUGGAAAUAUGUAUUCAACUUAUUCUAACUCAACGUUGAAAAUUUUGCAGAACAAGGAAAUUGAUGUUUUUCAACAUUCAAGUAUCACAUUGUUCUGUCCGUUUAAAUUGA